AUAGAAAAAAGAGUAGUCACGUUCUUCUCAUCAAAACAUGGCGGCUUCUAGUAGUAGCAACAGAGCAGAUUUUGUUGUGCAACCUAAAGGAGAGCAUAGAGUCACUAUAGUAUGGCUGCAUGAUAAGGAUGAGCAUUUCUCUGAUUCAGUUCAGUUUGUGAAAAUUUUGAAUCUUAAUAAUAUCAAAUGGAUAUGUCCAUCUCUCGUGCUCCCAACUUCGAGGAACAAACCCGAAUAUAAUAUCAACCAUGCAUUAUAUCUGACAGCUGAACGUGUUGCUAACCUUUUCUCGGAUGAACCAGAAAAUGUCAUAAAAGGAGUGGGAGGUUUUGGCAUGGGUGCAGCAGUAGCUCUCCACUUUGCAACAAGUUGUGCUCUUAACCAUUAUACUAUAAAUCCCCGAGUUGUUGUUGGAAUCAGCGGGUGGCUUUCUAAGGCGAAGAGCCUAAAACGAAGUAUAGAAUUUGCUUCAUAUGAGGCUCCACCUCGUGCUGCAUCGCAGUCAAUCUUACUUACACAUGGACAAAGAGAUCAUGUUCCUCACCUAUGUGGCUGUGGAGAAGAAGCUGCUUUUAUACUUAGAGAGGCUGGAUUUAGAGACGUCAGGUUCUUACCAUUUGCAAGGUUUGGACCGAUCGCUCAUGAGAUCAAUCGCAACGUAAUGGUCAAAAGCUGGUUAGAAGAGAAGCUCCCGCUCGAUGUUGUGCUUGCAAAAGAAUGUCUACCAUAAAGACUUUCAUCUAUCUAGCUAGUGACUAGUAGUUUACUAUCGUCGUUUGUUUAAUUUGUCCUGAAUAAAUUAGCGUGACUCAUGUUAUGACUUAUGAC